UGAAAGUGAACUGGCGAACAACCCAUCUUCGGUAACGCCAACAAAGUCAUCAAGAACAUCUGCGACGACUUCGAGUUGGAUUUUUUCUCCAUGUACUGCGCCGUUGGCCUGUGGAAUUCGUUCUUUAUCAUGCUGUACAGCGUGUUUGACGUCUCGCGGCUGAUGCGCUGGUCGACGCGAUCCACUGAGGAGAUUUUCGCCCUCUUCAUCUCCAUCGCCUUCUGCGUGGACGCGUCACGUGACACUUACCACAAUUUCAAUCGAAACUACCUGUCUGCGGCGUGCCAAGGAGUGGCCUCCAACGCCACCCAGUACCUGGCUGCUGCCAACGGCACCGACAGCCAGCAGGGCGAGUGUCUGCGCGAGAGCAGCGUGCUCUACCUGCUGCUGAUGCUGGGCACUCUCUGGGUGGGCGUCUCCCUCUACAACUUCAACAAAACGCCGUACCUGGAGGCCGGCAAACGAGAGCUACUGGCCGACUACGCGCUACCUGUGGCCGUCCUGGUUAUGACCUUUGUCGGGUCAUACCUGUUCCGAGACGUGAAACUGGCGCCGUUCGAGUACCGGGACGACAACACAGUGCAACUGGUGUCCCUGUCCGGACUGGGCGCCGCCGCCGUCUGCGGCAGCGCCGGACUCGGAUUCUGCCUCUCACUGCUCUUCUUCAUGGACCAGAACAUCUCUAGCGCCAUGGUCAACAACCCCAGCAACAAGCUGAAGAAGGGCCCUGCCUACCACCUGGAUCUGCUGGUGGUGGCGCUGCUGAACGGCCUGCUCUCGGUGCUCGGCCUGCCCUGGAUGCACGCAGCGAUCCCGCACUCUCCGCUGCACGUGCGCUGCCUGGCCGACGUCGAGGAGCGCGUCGAGCAGGGACAUGUCUACGAAAUAAUCGUCAGAGUGCGGGAGACGCGGCUGACGGGUAUCCUGUCUCACCUUCUGAUCGGGCUGUCGCUGCUGCUGCUGCCCUACCCGCUGUCGUACAUCCCGCCGCCGGUGCUCAGCGGUCUCUUCCUCUACAUGGCCAUCACGGCGCUCAACGGCAACCAGAUGUUCGAGCGCAUCACACUGCUCUUCACCGAACAGGUGGCCUACCCUCCGAACCACUACAUCCGCCGUGUGCCGCAGCGCAAGAUCCACACCUUCACCGGCUGCCAGCUGGCGCAGCUCAUUGUGCUGUGCGCCUUCGGCUUUGCGCCGUGGCCCUACAUGAAGACGUUGUUCCCGGUACUGCUGCUGCUGCUCCUCCCCAUCAGGCACUGUCUGCUGCCGCAGCUGGUGGAGGAAAAGUACCUUGCCGCCAUCGACUCGCAGCACUGAGGACGCGCUGAGCCGCCGCCGCCGAUCAGCCCUCCGUCGGCUGGUCGAGCUGUCGGCGCCGACAGAUCCAUCCACGGCAGUACCGGCGGCCCACCGCCCACCGCAGUCAGCGCCGUGCAGCUGUAGACUGAAAUAGCGAUGCAUGUUUGCGAAUGAUUUUAGACGUUUUAGGAUAUCACUUGUAACCGAUCAAUAACAGAUGUAAAAUGACAAUAAUAAGCAUUAGGCAACUCAAGUUUAUUGCAGAAGACAAAGUUUUCCGUACAAACAGCAACUGAUCACUGUGAAUGAGAUGCAGAAUAUGAGGUCAUAUUCUGCAUUCAGCUUCAGCUGCAAUGACCUAAGGGCCCCCUCCUGGGCGAAAUCCUGGGUACGUGCCUGCCGCUGAUUAAGUUCGAUUCGCCACAAAUUUUGUGAGAAGACUAAGAUAUGUACAGGCAAUGUUAUGGUCGAAUAUUUUCGAACAUCGACCAGUAAACAUUUGAAUUAUGAGCGUGUAAACACAAAAUUGUGAUUACCGCGUUUCCCGCGCCGGCCGAUAACGCCUCAAGCGGCAAUAUCUUACUCUUAGCAGGUUCCUAACUACCAUAUUUAUUGUUGGAUUACCUAGAAAUUCAGCAUACAUACUCAACGAUGUAUGUUCUUUCAUAUAGUGGAAAAAUGAAAAUCGGCCGGUAACUUUUUGAAGUUAUCGGCUUGUAACGCAAAAAAGUCGCUCAUAUGGCAGAUUUGACCACAUUUGACCUCAUUUCACCUUAAGAUACUAACAUACGGUCAUGAAUUCCACACACAACAGAGUUACCCAGGACCCCCACCUACAUUCCAAGUUUCGCCUUUUUAGCUUCAGUGGGAGCUGAGAUCUUAUGGGGGGGGGGGGGGGAGAAAUUCGCCCACCCCGUUCACUGGGCGUAGUUCUCGCGACCUUUCCACUGCGCGUGUUAAAAAUCGACAAAACCUUGACACCCUGUGACGUCAUCUGUCUCCUGAGCCAUCCUCAUGUGGCAGCAUAGAAUCGUAAGCCCCUGGUCUGUGCAACCUUGCAUUUGGGGCCUUGACUGUAUCGAAAACUUUGUCUUCUAAUGUAAGCCUGAGUUAUGUUCGUCAUUUUACUGGGAUCGCACGUUUAAGUUACAGAUGAUCAUUGCUGUGAUACAUCUGCGAAGUCGUCGUUCCUUAUAGUCUUUUGCAACUCUUUUAAACCAACUAACCUAUUGUCUUAACUGUUCCAACCUCGUGUGUUUGAAUAAUAUACGCAUUGACUGCA